GUGACUAAAAAUAAAAAAGUCAUUCAAAGUAUCACGCAAGAACUACAUCGUCUAACUACCACCUCGUCUAAUACCAAUAAUAUAAUUAAUGAUGAGUGUCGUUUGAGCAGUGAAGACGAAGAUAGUUCAGAAGACAGUGGAGAAGAUGACGCUAACGAAUCUUAUGAAUUACAAAGCAUAGACAGAGAAGACGUCUAUGAAGCUAGUGAGCCAUACGAAUUUCACAGGAUAGAUGAAGAUGUAUAUGAAUAUGAUGAUAAUAUAUAAGACUUUGUCAUUUAUUUUAAUAUACUAGAAAUAAUAUACAACUGAAUGCCUCUUUAAAGUCAAUAUAAUGAUCUUAAAAAUAGUAGUACUUAGCCAUCCUGCUGAUGUUUCAAACAUGCCUGUCAAUCCAAAUGAACCUACUGAUUUUUUAUGUUAUCUAGUAUCAUAUGAAGAAAUGAUUGGAUGUAAUAAUCCUGAUAGCCCGAUAGAAUGGUUCAACAUUUUAUGCGUUGGAUUAACAAUGACACCUCAGGGUCAAUGGUAGGUACUGACCCAAGUGUACUCAAUAUGGGAAGAAGAAAUAAUUUUAUUAAUUAUGUGCAUUAAUACGAAAUUUUACAAAGGAAACCUGAAAAAAUAAUUUAA